AUGAUGCCGAUUGUCGCAAUUGCCGGCAGCGUCCUCGCUGCAACGGCUACUGCCGCACUCGAUCCACUUAUUACUCCACGCGCUGAACUCGCACCCCGGCAGACGCCAUCCGGGAACGAUCCAGCGCUGGUUGGUUGGGUUGACGCGACGAAUGAACAGUGGUCCGACCUCCGCUCUUGCGAUUACCCGGCCACCUACUCUACCUCUGGCUCCUUCGCCCAAUGCUGCGCAUCCGGCAGCUCAGACUGCAUCUUCUGGUCAUCAUGUAGCGCGGCAACGCUCUUCGCAGCACAAACUAGUUUGUUCUGCGAUCAAGGGUAUUGCAAUACGGCGGUUGUGGUGCCGACUGUCGGUGCGAGUGAGGGGGUGAGUUAUUUGGGUUGUUGGGCGACGAGUUUAGUCCAGGAGGCUUUUACGCUGGUUAGAGAUAUUGGGAACGCUGAUGUUGCAUCGCGUUCUUCGGACGUGUCUGGCGAUGGUAGUACUGCGAGUGGCUCUCCUGCUUCUACUGCAGCCUCUGAGUCUGCUUCUGAGACAUCAAGUAGUGCGACCGAAGCUUCUGGCAGUGCCACUCCGACGACGGGCGCUGCUGCUAUUGAGACAGUCGGUCCGUUGGCUGGUGUAGUCGGCUUGCUCACGAUGCUGUUUGGUAUAAUUUGA